GAAGAUCCAUUGUUAGGUUGAAGAGAAGGUUCUAGAAGAUAACUAUGAGUCGUAGUUUAGGGAUACCGGUGAAGCUUCUACACGAAGCAACAGGGCAUAUAGUGACAGUAGAGAUGAAGAGUGGAGAGGUUUACAGAGGAAGUAUGGUGGAAUGUGAAGAUAACUGGAAUUGCCAGCUUGAAACCAUCACUUACACUGCCAAAGAUGGAAGGGUGUCACAACUGGAGCACGUUUUUAUUCGAGGCAGCAAAGUCAGGUUCAUGAUAAUUCCUGACAUGCUUAAGAAUGCUCCCAUGUUCAAGCGGCUAGAAGCAAGAAUCAAGGGCAAAGGUACAUCACUUGGCGUUGGACGGGGGCGUGCUAUGGCCAUGCGAGCUAAAGCACAGGCAACAGGUCGUGGAGCAGCACCUGGUCGAGGUGUUGUGCCUCCUGUAAGAAGAUGAUCUCCCCACAUUGGUUGGUGUCUGGUUUUUGAGUUAGUAUAAUUCAUUGUAAUAGUGCAUGACUAGUUGCUUAAGUUUGCGUAGCUGGUCUUAUAAUUGAGAAAUGUGCAAUCUGAGAAAUGUUCGAUGUAGAAUGUUGACUUUGUAUUCCAGACAUGACUUGAUAAAACUGGAAAGUAAGCGAUUCUCAUAUUGUGGGAUUUGUGGCAACAUACAAGGGGUGUUUACCAGUCUUACUUGCGAUGUUUGGUCAAGUUUCUC